AUGCCCAGUGACUUUCUCCCAAACCGGGAAACUCAGCUGGCAGCUAAGGCCAACAACCAGGCUCUCAGCUACACCCUGCUCAUCUCUCUCACCUUCUGUUUCCUCUGUUCGUUGCUCUUCAUUGGCCAUCCCAAAACAGCCACCUGCAUCCUCCAGCAGACCACAUUUGCAGUUGUCUUCACUGUGGCUGUUUCUUCUGUCUUGGCCAAAACCAUUACUGUGAUGCUGGCCUUUAAGAUCACUGCUCCAGGCAGCAGGAUGAGGCAGUUGCUGGUAUCAGGGGCACCAAACUACAUCAUCCCCACCUGUUCCAUGAUCCAACUCACUCUCUGUGGCAUCUGGAUGGGGACAAUUCCACCCUACAUUGACACAGAUGCACACUCUGAGCUUGGCCACAUCAUCAUUGUGUGCAACAAGGGCUCCCUCACUGCCUUCUACCGUGUCUUGGGUUACCUGGACUCCCUGGCCCUGCUCAGCUUCACGAUGGCUUUCCUGGCCAGGAACCUGCCUGACACAUUCGAUGAAGCCAAAUUCCUGACAUUUAGUAUCCUGAUGUUCUGCAGUGUGUGGAUCACUUUUCUCCCUGUUUACCACAGCAGCAAGGGGGAGGUGAUGUUGGGCAUGGAGGUCUUCUCCAUCUUGGCCUCCAGUACAGGGCUUCUGGGCUGCAUUCUUUGUCCCUAA